GAUUUAGGAAACAGCUGGCAAGAUUUCUUCUCCGCCCCCUUGCUUCCCUAGUUUGCUGUUGUUGAGUCGAAUCAAAGAAAUGUCACUCAGAGCUAGUGAGUCAGAAGGGAUCGGAUUACAGGAUCCCUGGAACUGAUGUAAAAUCUUGGAGAAAAGAAGAAUCGGCGUAUACAGACACAACAAGAGGGCGAGCGAGUGCACGCUUUCUGUAAGAAAGGCAGAAAUAUAAAACAAGAUACCCACCCACCCCCGCCACCCUGCUCUCCUUUGCUCCCUCCUCCUUUUCAUACUCCCUCCAAAACAGAAGCAAAAUGCCCUCUUUCAUCGUUGGGGUUCAGUGCCUUUAGGAGUUAGUCGCGGCGGAGGAAGCGCUCACAUUGUGUGAAACGAGACGGGCGGCAGUGAGGGCCCCGAUCUUUUCCUAUGGGAAGUUUGGGUCGCCUCUUGACCUCAGGAGAAGCAGCGGCGGUAGCAGCAGCUGCAGAUAUUUGUGUGAAGAAGACUGAAGUAAUGAGAAGUCAUCAUGGAAGCUCAAUCCCAUAGCUCUGCCACAAGUGAGAAGAAAAAGGUUGAGAAUCCCAUUGUAAAAUACCCCGCUCGAACAGAGGUCAGUGAGAAAGCUGCGGCCUCCAGCACAACAUCUAAUGAGGAUGAAAGUCCUGGACAAACCUAUCACAGAGAGAGAAGAAACACAAUUACAAUGCAGCCACAAAGUGGACAAGGCCUCAGUAAAAUCAGUGAAGAACCUUCCACAUCUAGUGAAGAAAGGGCUUCUUUAAUCAAAAAGGAGAUCCAUGGAUCUGUAUCACACUUUCCUGAGCCUUCAGUACCUUAUCGUGGGACAGUCUUUGCCAUGGAUCCCAGAAAUGGCUAUAUGGAUCCUCCUUAUCAUUCAGCCCCUGCUUUGAAAUACUAUCCACCUCAUCUUUUCCCAACUUUUCACCCUCCAGUACCAAUUGACGCAAGGCAUCAUGAGGGACGUUAUCAUUAUGAUCCAUCUCCCAUUCCUCCACUACAUGUGUCUUCUGCUCCAGCUUAUUCAGAUUUACCAUUCAUCAGAAUAUCCCCACACAGAAAUCCUGUUGCAGCAUCAGAAUCUCCUUUUAGUCCACCUCAUCCAUACAUUAACCCUUACAUGGAUUAUAUCCGAUCAUUGCACAGCAGCCCUUCUCUUUCCAUGAUCUCAGCUGCUCGGGGACUGAGCCCUACAGAUGCUCCACAUGCAGGGGUUAGUCCAGCAGAAUACUACCAUCAGAUGGCUUUACUGGCAGGCCAGCGCAGCCCAUAUGCAGACAUCAUUCCUUCAGCUGCCACAGCAGGAGCAGGUGCCCUUCAUAUGGAAUAUCUCCACGCUAUGGAAAGCACUAGGUUUUCAAGUCCCAGGCUACCAACAAGACCAAGUCGAAAACGAACAUUGUCCUUAUCGCCGCUGUCUGAUCAUAGUUUUGACCUUCAGACCAUGAUCCGCACAUCUCCAAACUCCUUAGUGACAAUUCUGAACAAUUCCCGUAGCAGUUCUUCAGCUAGUGGCUCUUACGGGCAUUUAUCUGCAAGUGCAAUAAGCCCAGCGCUAAGUUUCGCAUACCCUCCCACACCAAUAUCCCUCCAGCAGAUGCAUCAACAGAUCAUCAGUCGACAGCAAAAUCUGAGUUCAGCCUUUGGACAUAGUCCUCCACUCAUCCAUCCUGCUCCAACCUUUCCUACACAGAGGCCUAUUCCCGGCAUCCCUAAUGUCUUGAAUCCUGUUCAGGUCAGCUCAGGUCCUUCAGAGGCUGCACAGAGUAAGCCCACAAGUGAGUCUGCAGUGAGCAGCACAGGGGACCCAAUGCAUAACAAGCGUUCCAAGAUAAAACCAGACGAUGACCUCCCCAGCCCAGGAGCUGGAAGCAUGCAGGAACCACCGGAAGGAAUGACCUCAGUAAAGGAGGAAGGGGAGAAAGAUGAAAGCAAGCAAGAACCUGAAGUGGUCUAUGAGACAAACUGCCAUUGGGAAGGCUGUUCACGAGAGUUUGACAUGCAGGAGCAACUAGUGCAUCAUAUAAACAAUGAUCACAUUCAUGGAGAAAAGAAGGAGUUUGUAUGUCGAUGGCUUGAUUGUUCUCGAGAACAGAAACCAUUCAAGGCCCAGUACAUGCUAGUUGUACAUAUGAGGAGACACACAGGAGAAAAGCCACACAAAUGCACUUUUGAAGGCUGUAUGAAGGCCUAUUCCAGGCUAGAAAACUUGAAAACCCACUUGAGAUCUCACACUGGAGAGAAACCAUAUGUUUGUGAACAUGAGGGUUGUAACAAAGCAUUUUCAAAUGCAUCUGAUCGUGCCAAACAUCAAAACAGAACUCAUUCUAAUGAGAAACCCUACGUCUGCAAAAUACCAGGCUGCAUAAAGCGCUAUACAGACCCAAGUUCUCUCCGAAAACAUGUAAAAACUGUGCAUGGUCCUGAAGCGCAUGUCACCAAGAAACAACGUGGAGAUAUCCAUCCAAGACAUCCACCACCAAGAGAUCAAGGCAGUCAUUCCCAAACCAGAUCCCCAGGCCACCUGACUCAGGGUGCAAUUGGUGAGCAAAAGGGCCUCAGCAGCACUACCUCAAAACAAGAAGAAUGCCUCCAAGUUAAAGCUGUUAAGUCAGAGAAGCCAGUGACAUCUCAGCCAAGCCCUGGUGGUCAGUCUGCAUGCAGCAGCGAACAGUCCUCCAUCAGCAACUAUGCCAACAAUGGGAUCGAGCUUAAUCUGACCAGUAGAGGUAGUGUAGGAAACCUCAGCAUUAUUGAUGAAACACCUAUCAUGGAUUCUACAAUUUCUACAGCAACCACAGCUCUUGGCUUACAGGCCAGGAGGAAUAUGACUGAGACCAAGUGGAUGGAACAAGUCAAGCUAGAAAAGUUAAAGCAAAUCAAUGGAGUGCUUCCAAGACUGAACCCCAUGCCAUCUUCCAAAGCCCCAGCUUUGCCACCCCUCAUAAGAAAUGAUAUUCAGUCAACUAGCAGCUGCAGCAUUGGAGGAAACAUGACCAUCUUAACCAAGAAAAACGAAGUCACAAAUACAGAUAUUACUAUACUGAACAUGCUAAACAGAAGGGAUAGCAGUACUAGCACAAUCAGUUCAGCCUACAUGAGCAGUCGUAGGUCCUCUGGGAUUUCACCUUGUUUUUCCAGUCGUAGAUCCAGUGAUGCUUCUCACGGGGACAGAAGGCUUCACAGUGUUGCCGAUUCCUAUGAUCCCAUUUCAACUGAUGCUUCAAGGCGAUCCAGUGAAGUUAGCCAAUGUGAUGGCUUGCCUGGACUUCUCAGUCUUACUCCUGCAGAACAAUACCAUCUGAAAGCAAAAUAUGCAGCAGCUAUUGGUGGACCUCCACCAACACCACUUCCUAAUAUGGAGAGGAUGAGCUUGAAAACAAGAAUGGCGCUAUUGGGUGAUUCUAGGGAAUCAGGGAUGUCACCCUUGCCUCCAAUAAAUUCUCCUCGAAGAUGUAGUGAUACUGGGACAAAUAGUAACAACAGGAGACAUCUACUGCCUCAUGAUAUAUUUGGGAAUAGCACAAGGAGAGCUAGUGAUCCUAUAAAACCAGUCUCAGAUAAUCUGUCUUUUCCAAGAAUCCACCGUUUUAACAGUUUCAACAGCUUUAACCCUCCUGUUUUGCCUCCAUCCAUUGAAAAACAGAACUUCAUCCUGAAGAAUUACACACGCCCAGAUGUUGGUUUGUUCCGGAAUUUAUGUUCCCCUUGCCCUCCCGGUAUUUCUGAGAAUGUGGCUAUGGAAGCUCCUAUUACAGAAGCAGAUGGUUGUCUGAAUGAUGAAGAUCUGUUACCAGAUGAUGUGGUCCAGUAUUUGAAUUCUCAGUAUCAAGGUUUGUACAACCAAGCGCCAAAUGAUGAACUAGACAACAACAAAGAACAUCACAAUCCAGCAAUGGAAAACAACAACUUUGAUCAAUCUCCUCCAAUAAGCAAUUCUCAGAAAAAUGACCUACCAAUUCAGUGGAAUGAAGUAAGCUCAGGAAGUUCUGAUCUAUCUCUAUUAAAAUUAAAAUGUAGACCACAGUCCUUAAUACAGCAAACUAUUAUAGCCCCCUAUAAUAACAUGGUUAUCCAGCAGCAGCUACAGCAGGCACUGGAGAGAAAUGGUACUACCCAACAAAAUGGCUAUCAGCAUCUUGCAGACAACAAUGUCUCUUGCAGUAUGGAGCAGAAUGUAAUCAUGAACAAGAGUGAUACAAGUUCUUACCACAUACACUCAAAUAAAUCACAGCUAUAUAGUAAUAAAUUUGGCAGACAACCUGUGGAAAAUGUCUGUGAUGUGAUGAAUCAAGCUGAAAAGCUGAGAAGCCAUUUCAUGCUAACUAGUGGAAGCCAGCAAAAUUUUGGCUAUCAUGUGAUGCCAGAUGAGCAGUCUGCCAAUGCAAUUAACAAGAUGCAGAGCAGAAAUAUAGUUUUUGAGGAAUACCUUUCUAAUCAGUCAGAAGAUAAAGCGAGCCAUUGCCAAGAAGCAAGACCUUCCAAUAAAAUGAUAAAGCAAAUUAUAGUUCCCUUACAGCCUAGCUGUCAAGAUCUGCUGUCUCAGAAUGGGACCCACCCAUCAGUUCUUGCUAAAACCUACCAACCCUAUUCCAACCACUAUGGAGACAGAUGGCAAAACACUUUAAGGAACAACAUGGUGAGGCAACCUGGACUUCUAAUGGAUCCAAACCAACCACACAGGGUCACUGGUAUCAAGGUAGAAUCUCAAGGUCAGUUACAACAAUUCUGCUCUAAUGUGCAGAAUCAUUCUGGUCAGUUGUAUGACCAAACCACAGGGUUUAAACAGCAAGCUCUGAAAGCAGAAGUUUUUUCCCUUUCAGAAGCUAAUUACCUAAUACAAGAGGUAGCUAUUGAAAGCACAUCAGAGCUUCUCUCCCCAGGGGUCAACCAAGUGACAAGCACAGUUGACAGCAUUGACACAAGCAGCCUUGAAAGUGUGCAAAUUGAUUUUGAUGCUAUUAUAGAUGAUGGUGAUCAUGCCAGCUUAAUUUCAGGAGCUCUGAGUCCAAGUAUCAUUCAGAAUCUAUCUCGCAAUUCUUCCCGUCUUACCACUCCCCAAGCAUCUGUUACAUUCCCAGUUAUGCCCAUAAGUACAACCAAUAUGGCUAUUGGGGACAUGAAUUCUUUGUUGACCUCACUUGCAGAAGAAAGCAAGUUUCUUGCUGUUAUGCAAUAGACCUAAAAAAUUUAGGGUAUUACAAUUUUUAAAAUGUGAUUUUAUUUUUUUUUAUUAGUUGUCUUAAGUACUUUAACAGUCUCAUCUCAACUAAAUGAGAUGUGUUUCAAGUAUAUUCCUUUUAUGGAAUUAGAACUCUGAAAAACCCUAAAGUGUUCUAGGGAGAAACUGUCUUCCGUUUCAGCUUUGAAUCAGUAUUGUUACACAUGCCAUCCCCCCUUUUCAAUUAUUAUUUUUUUAUAUGACUUUAUUUUUGUAAUUGUAAACCACUGUAAAAGUGUAAUAUGCAUGUCAGCUUGUUUUUGAGGAUGAUCUAAUAUUACAAUUUACUGAUACUCAAAAGAAAUUACAGUCUUGAAUUAUUAUGGCCAAAACUCUUACUGUAUGUAACCAGUUCCUAAGGCACAUUUCUGAGGGGAAGUUUGAAAUUCUAUCCACCUCACUAUAAACUUCAUUGAUGAAAAUUGUUGAAAGCAAAGUAAAUUAAUUUAUGGCAUGGGAGGAGAAAAUUAAUACUUUUGAGUGGUUAUUUCUUUUGCUCUAUAUCUAUAAUUUUUAAACUUUUAUUUUUGAGGAAAAAUCCCUUUUCUAUAUCAUUUGCCUGCUGCAGAAUUUUUCAGAAUUUUCAUGAAAAAAGUUGGCUUGCUCUGUUGGAUUUCAUCAUUGUCAUGUGUAAACUAACAGCAUGAUUAAGAUUAUAGUGGAUUAUAUUACAGGGAGAAGAUCAAAUGCAAUGAACAAAGUGCCAUUCUGAGAAUUCUGCUUAUUGUUACAUAUUCUCACACUUUAUUAAUAAGCUUCCAAGAAACUCUAAAGUUGUCUAGAACUUAAGGUAGAAACCAUUGGUCUAGAUUGAGAGAAUAGCAAAAAUUAAACCUGAAAUUUAUUCCAAUAAAAGUAUUAAAAUGGGGAAAGGGGAGAGUUAAGUAUUAGAUAUCCUGCUCUUGUCAAAAAUUAAGUUAGCUUUUUAGCCAGUGGAAUAUAACAAUAAGCCUCACUUUUUUAUACAUUGUGAUACAUCUAUUAGGAUAAACAUGUUACUGUUCAUCUCUAUUACAAAUCUCCUUACUGAGACUUAAAUUUAAAUAAAAUAUGCACUUUUAAAGAAAGAUUAGUUAACAUUCUUGCCAUACUUCUAAGGAUUCAGUGUCUUUCAAAACUUGUGUUCCUUUUAAUCAAUUUACAAUUGGAACAUUAACCAGAGCUUCAAAAUAAUGUAAUGGUACUAUAAGUGUCUCACAAUUGAAACCUCUGAUAAAACUCCAUUCUUGGAGACAUAGGAAGAGUUAACACUUAUUAUUCUUGUUUCCUGAUCCACAUUUAGUUUUUCAGCAAACUACUGGCAAAUGCCAGUCUGAAAAUAUCAAGUCUGAUAAUACAAACAUACUAUAUAAUACAUUGAUACAUAUAGUAUUUAAUAUACCAAAAGCAAAGUCUGAUCAAAGGAAGGCAAUAGCAAAACAAUAGCAUAGUUGCUAUGCCUGUGUGUUUAAAGAAAAUAGGCAAUUUUCCAGUACAUUCACUGUUCAACAUUAAUAUAGUAAGACCAGAAUUGAUAGUGCUUACACUGAUUUACACUAAUGAAUAUGUGUAGCUAAUAUACUUAAAACGUUACUCAUUCUUUGAGCUUUGGCAUAUAGGUCAUCAUAUUUUGAUAUCUCUUGUUAUACUUUUAUUAUUCCAGAUAAUCCAGUUUCUUGAGUUACUUGGCAUUUUCAGUUUAUUUAUUUAUCUUAUCUCUGCAUUUCUCAAGUGCUAUUUUAGUUAUUUUUUAAUGUUAGUAUACAUUCCAAAAUAAACUAAUCAUAGUAAGAUUCAUUUAUUUGAUAUUAUGGUAUUAUAUAUACAUUAGUGUAUAUACUUUAUGGCAGCAAAGAUUGCUUCCCAGUAUUUCAGGCAAAUAAUGAAAUGUUUGAAAACUCAGUUAUGGAGAUUGUUUCACAACUCAGGAGUUUUAAUGAAGACUUUAUUGUUCCAUAUUUCCCAAAAACUUCUAUUGCUGUUGGACUGAGACUGUGCUGUUGAAGAAGUAGACUUUGCUAAACCGCUGUAUAAUUUCUUAGUUAAUCAACUGGGUCAGAAUUAUAAUACCAUGUUUUCUGCAUCCAAUUUCUUAUCGGUAGGACUCAGGAAAUAUUGCUGAACUGUACUUGAAUCCUUUGAUUGAAUCCUGUCAAAUGAGAUAUUUGGAGUGUUUUCAUAUAAUUCAUUUCCAGUAAGGCCUGGACAAUUGAAUUCUAGCCACUGCAUUAUACUAAUUAAAAUAUUUUUUUCUGACUUUACAGAUAGCCUAUAACUUUUAAAAACACUUAACCACAUGGAUACCCCAAAUUGUGAUAACAAUUUUGGCUGAUAACUGGUGGAUAUAUUUUUUGUUUGAUUGCGGAUAUCCCUCUGGUAAAUAUUUCUAUUUAUUUUUAUUAUUUAUUGUGUAUUGGGUCCAAACUGGGUCUUACUUAAAAUAGACAUUGAAAUCAGUGGGACUAAAUAAUUAAGUCGGAGUUCCAAUACAAAAUAAAUAAUAUUGCAUAUCUUUCUGGGUUUAACAAUAGGUGCAGAACAAUAUAAAAUUAAUGUGAAAAUUGUAAUUUACCCAUUGCAGCUUUUGUGCAGACUAAUACUUGUUUACUGAAAAAGCAACUAAUCUAAGUGACAGAAGAAGCUACUUUUCCUACCAUUCAAAUGUUCUUUUAUAAGGUCCAUAUAAAAGACAUAUGUAUUUAUUAUGCUUUCAUUUCCAUUAAAAUAUUGCUUAUUAAAUUACACUGACAACAAAAGAAAGGACAACAUUUUGAAUUACUAUCAUUCCAAUAAUUCAAUUUUAUAAAAUACGUAUCUAAGACACAUUUUGUUUUCUUGCAUAUCUGUUGAGAUGAGACAAGGUGUAAGCUUCUCAGUGCUGCUUGAUAAUUGCUGAUGUUUUACUUUAUGUUUCCUUAAUUGAAGCUCUUCACAGAGUGGCCAUUAUUUCAAUUCCUAUAAGCUGGGCUUGGGAAAUAUUAAGGUGAAGGGCGUUUGUUAGUGAGUAGUUGGAGCUUACUGCAAAUCUGCUGCACCAGCUAACUCAAUAGUCAUGAGAAAUUUAUCUUCCCAAAUGCUUAUUAAAAUAAUAAAACUGAGACUCUUUCACAAGAUUCCUAAAUCCAUUAGAAUUUAGGUUGAUUCUAAGAACCAGUGUUAUAUUAGUAAUGUAUUAUAUGCAUAAUUUCUGUGUGACCUAAUUCUUCAGAAUGGUUUAGAUUACACAUCUAAAGCAGAAAUAAUUAGUUAUAUACCUCAUGCUAUGCAUCACCUAGUACUAUGCAUGCAUCUUAAUGGUACAGUAUAUGCAGUUUUCCUAAAUCGGGGUGUCAAAUUGGCAGCCUACGGACUGUAUGUGUCAUGCGCAGGCCAUGCCCACCAUAAAGGGGGAAAUGUCACGAAACGUCACAUGAUGGCAACGUGAUGCCGCACAUUUGACACCCGUGGCCUAAAUAAUAACCAUUACUAGCUCAGCCAGUUAUAAAAGUGGGUUCCAUUUGUGAAUUUGGUAGGAAUUUUAAUAGCAGAAAUCUUAACUGGAUAAUGUAAACAUUAUUAUAAAUCUAUCUUUCCAAACUUUGUGCCCUUCGAAUGUAUCUAAGAAUAGUAUCCUUCUCUAAAUGACUGAGACUAUAUUUAAAAAUACCUAGAAAGAAUCACAUUUGGGAAAGUUGCUAUAUCCAUUUAAUUUCUGUCAUCAGAAACUGGGUGUUGAGUUUCUGAAAUCAAAUGAAAUGUUGCUGGAUACAGUAGUUUAAGGUUUUUUUAAUGAAUUAUUUUCCUUUAUUAUCUGAUAUAAUAUUGUCACUUAUGUACAAGUAGGUAUACUUGAAUUAAUAAAAGAUAUGUCUGGAUAUGCCUAACUUGUCAAUCUAGAGAAGCACUGAAGAAAUAAGUCUGAGAGAUCAUUGAGAGUUUUAACGAAAUACAGCUAGACUCAUAUAGAAAAGAACUUUCCAGAAUGGAAUGUAACCUAAAACUAUGCACUUAAAUAUCAAGACAGCAAUGUAUACUUUUAUUCUUACUAAAAGGAAAUUGUGAUAUGGUACUAUGUUCAAAAAUGCUGGUUUCUUGCUUUGGUUAUGUUUUUUAGAUGUCCUCUUUUCAUUUUUUUAAAAAAGCUGUGUUUCUCUUCCUGUAAUAGAUGUGCCUUAUUCUUAAUUAAUCUGUUGUUGUUUUUUUUAAAAAAGUUGGGGGACCAAAAAAUAGUGCCAAACUUUAACUGUAAAGCUUUGCUUUCCAUAAUAGCUUUACUGCUCUUAAGAAGAUUGUCUGAAUACUGUCCUGUGACUCUUGGGCAUUCAUGUGUCAUUAUCUAUGUAGGGUUUGAAUAUCUUUCGGGGGGAAGUUAUCGUGUCAAUCUGCAGAUGUGUAAGAUAGUAUAUGUGUUGGGGUGGUAUUUUCUUUUACUUUUAUAAGUGUAUUUUUUUAAAAAAAGAUCAAUGUGUAAAUACAUUUACAUAUAGUAGGAAUAGCAUUAAAUAUAGAAGAUCUUAGUGGUCUUCAUUUGAUAAAUUUGCAUUCAUAAUCUAGUGUUCUUGGCGCCUUAGAUCAGCCUAAACAGUCAUAGUGUGGUGUUCAAAGGCUUUCAAAACCAUUUAGUUCUUUUGUAAUGAGGGAUAAAAUGUUUAUUACAAUGUCAAUAAAACAUUUGUACUUAAGAUUUCAUCUUGAAUGUUUAUUUCAGAAACUAGGGGCAAGUCUAUAUUAUAGCUAACAUAAUACUUUCCUGCUUUUCUUCCUGAAGGAAGGAAAUGCUUUAAUUGAUCUCCUCCUUAAUACAAACUAAUAACAGAGGUGAUUUUCCUACACCUUGAAUCAUAAACCAGGAUAAACUCAUAAAUUGGGAUGAUGAUCCUGUAGAAUGGCCUUAGUAACUUUGAUUCAAGUGGCCAAAGAACAGCAACUUCUUUUGAGGGGAUAAAAACAAUGUUAGAAUGUAAAAAUAAUUUUAAUUAGAAAUGAGAAAAAGUAAAAAGUUAUUUUAAAUAUAAUCAAUAUACCUAUAUACCUAUAUAGGUAUAUAGUCAAAUACCAACUCUAUUACCACAGAGUGAAAUAAGCUAUUUAGUGGCUUAUAAAUCAAAUCAAUCUAUACAGUCAUGGGCCAGCAAAUAAAACAUAAGAUAAAAAGGAAACUGUAAGUCUAAAAUAACUGAAAAAGAUUAAAAUUAAUACUAUGGAGUAUUAUGCAGGUUAUAAAACAGUACUUGGCAGUGGUCAAGGAAAUAAAAGCAGAUUGAUAUGUUAAUAACAUACUGAGAUAAAACAAAUCAGAAUGACCAGAAUGUUUAGUAAAGAAUGGAAAUAAUUUCUGGCGAGCAUCUGCAUAGUAAGGGCAAUAUAGAGUAAUGUUUCAUCAAUUCACUUAUUCCUCCAUUGCACGGACAUGCUCUCUAUUUGAAGGGUAUAUUUUUUGUGUGUCUUCCUUCAAUGAAGAUAUUGGGAGGACAUUGAAACUGGCUAAAGAGAAGGCACUCCUGAAUUUUGGGAUCAUUAUGUGACUGAAAUACAUAGCUGUUUGGCGAAACUGUGUAAAGGGACUUAAGAAGAUGUGUCUGGAUAGAGUGGGUAGUCUACUUGCAGCACUAAAUCAAUGGCACCUUGUUGAAUCACCUAGUGCACAUUAAUAACCCAUGAAGGUAAUGGCUGGCCAUGAAAAGUCAUAAAUGUAUAAUUUAGCAUGUAUUGGCUGGCUUCAGGAAGAAUGAAAGCUGUCAAUCAUAAUUAAAGGGGUCAAGCCGACUGGAAAAAAAGAAAGCUUAAUUCAGUAGGAGAAGAUGAAAAUCCAGACAGAAGUUUCAGUUUUAAGUAGGCCAGUUUCAAGACAAAAGACCAUGUUCAGAAGGCAAUGAUAUGCUUGAAAAAUGAUUUUCAAAAACGUAAACUCUUUCCAAAGGAAGGCGUGAUCUGUAAGAUUUAUGGGCGCACAUAGCUUGAGAAAAAUAGAUUAGAUAUAUAAAGAUCUUGACUUGCUCGAUUAAAUAUUAUUUAGUCCCCAGACCAGCCAUUUUAGGGUGCUUAGCAAAAACUAUGAUUUUGGUUUAAUUUCCAGGCAUUCGUCUUGGCAGUGUUCAGCUAGUAUAUUGAAACAACUAUUUCAGGCCAAUCUGUGUUUGAGAAAGCAAUAACAAUAGCACUUAGGCUUAUAUACUGCUUCAUAGCAUUUUACAGCACUCUCUAAGCCAGGGCUGUCAAACUCCCAGCCCCCGGGCCAGAUGCGUCACACACUGACCAUGCCACGCCCAGUUUAGUGAAGUGGAAAAAAGUUCCAAUACAUCACAUGCCACUGCCGUGAUGAAAUGAGUUUGACACUCCUACUCUAAGCAGUUUACAGUGUCAGCAUAUUGCCUCCAGCAAUCUGGUUCCUCAUUUUACUGACUUUGGAAGUAUGGAAGGCUGAGUCAACCCUGAGCGGACAGGCUUGAACUCCUGCAGUGGCAGAGUCAGCUUGCAAUAUUGCAUUCUAACCAUGGCAUCAAAGUAGCACCCCAUCAUUUGUCUAUGGAAGAAUACACAUAUGUCUAUUCUCCAAUGUUGACAAAUGAAAACAUGGGCUAUUCAGUUUGUUGAUAAAAGAGUAUUAAAAAUAAAGGAAGCUAGAAUACAUUUUGUCUUCACUCCCCCCUUAACAGAAAUUUGUAUGGUGCAGUGUCUUUGGGUUUUCAUCACUUUCAUUCAUCACUUUCAUUCAUCACUUUCAUCCAGGAGUUUUCUUGUAUAUAAGAAUAAGUAAUAUUUUAUCAAUUGACAAAGUAUUCUAUUUGUCCCAUAAUUUGCAUCUGGAGAUGAUAUCAAAAGCAAAUUUAAAUCAAUGAAUGUUUUAGAGCAUGCUUUAGAGGAGUAUUUUUCAACUAGACGUUAGAGGGUUAAAGCGUGGUCAAUGAUUGAGUGGCUUUCUCUGAGCCAAAAUAUUCUUGGUCCUUUUUGACUCUGGAAGUUUCUGCAAUCUGGUUUACAAGCAAGAACUGCAAGGUCCACAAAUAGGCAAAGUAAAAGGAAAUGAAGAAGCUACAGUGUCACCUCAAGCUUAAUAAUUGCUAAUGAAAACAAUUUUUAAAAAACCGGAUAGUGGACAUUACAGUACCUGGAGACAUCAGAAGAGAAGAAAAAGAACUGGAGAAAAACAUAAAAUAAAAAAUCUGCAAAUAGAAGCAGAAGAGAUGUGGCAAAAGAAAGCAAAGAUAAAAUCAAUAUUAAUAUUGAUCUUGGAUGCAAUUCUAAAACGUCUAGAGUGCACUUGAACAGCAUUGACAAAUCAUCAUAUGUCAAUUGCAAAAAGCAACUUUACUUGGAACAGUUUACAUCCUGUGACAGUACCUUUAAUAUUAUUAAACAACAUUUGCCUAUCAGAUACUCUUGGGAAAGACUUGAUGGGUGCAUAAAAAUGUCAAAUCCAGUCUAAGUAUUUGGCUGACUGUGCAACUAAUUAUAAUAAUAAUAAGGCAUGAAAUCUAUGAAAACAGAUAAAACUCUUUGAUGAUUAUCACUUGAACAGUUUAGACCUAUAUUGGUGAUAGUUUUCUGCUCCUUUUGAUUUGGAGUUUUUUUUAAUGAUGCUUGUUCAAUGUUUUCUGACCUGUUUUAUUAAGGCUUAAAUAACUCAUUUUAUAUUGUAUGUAUAUGAAAGUUAUUAUUCAAUUUCCAUGUUGUAUGUUGCUGAAAAAUAUUGACAUUAUGAAAAUUGCAGAUGAUAUUCCUUCCCAUUUUACACAGUCUGAUUGUAUAACAGUGUAACAAGUAUAUCACAAUAUUAAAUUACUACUUGACAUUUAUUCAGAAAAAUUGGAACUGUAGCUAUUGUAAGGAAGCCUUUAUUUGUGUAAAUAUUUAUCAAAUUGUUUAUCUCAGUCACAAUUGUUAUAAAUAUUUGGCUAAACGGAAUAAAUAAAUAUCCUACUGCAUUUAUGAGGAAAAUAAAUGAGAUCUGCUAAAUUCCCAGAUUUAAAAUUGUAGAGUAGAGAUUGUUUUUUUUUUAAGGUGGGAGAAAAAAAGAGGGUCACAAGUUUUUAAACUAAUUGAAUUACUGUAAAAAGUACUCAGAUUGCCCCUAUUUUAAAAAAUACAAUGCAUUCAAUUAACCUUGUCUUGAUUUCAUAGUUUAACCCUUAUAUAUUAUAAAUAUCUAAAACUCCCAAAUUAUUUUCAAUAUUGGUUCAUUUCUUGGAUAAACAGAUCUGUCCUUUUUAAACAACUAAAGUUAAAAUAGAUACUUGUUAUUUGUAAGAACUCUCGAAUAAAAAAUUGGAGUAUAUCUUUAAUACAACAAUUUGUUAUCAGGGAAAAAAUACAAUAAAACAACAUAUCUAAUUAAAAGUUUUUGCAAUUGUAUGACUUGGUGAAACUAUUUGGCCACCUGGUAUAUGAAUGUGGAGUUACAAUUUCUUAAAAACUAUGCAUUUAUCAAUAUCAUUCUUAAAUUUAGAAAUGAUUGGGGAAAUCAGAGUACAACUUGGCCUUGAUGAAAAAUGACACACACUUGCUUAUGAGUACAUGAGCAAGAGUUCUGCCUCCCUUUACCCAAAAAAGCAAAGUGUUUUCAAAUAAGGAAUCCUAGAAAAUAUUCUUACCAGCAGUGCAGAUGGAAUGGCAUUAAAGUAAGCUCCAGUAAAGGCCUCUUCAUACAGUAUUUACUUAGCAUUAGAGUGAUAGCUGCAUUAGAGCUAUCUGGUUUAGAGCUAUCUAAUAUUUAACGAUAGAUAUAUUUAAUGAUAGAAUUCAUCAUUAAUUAUUAUAGCACACUGGUGCUAUAAUGUUGGUAGUUAAUGCCCUUAAUUUUUUCUUUUACUACUAUAUUGAUUUGGCCUUCUUUAGGGUAAUUAAAGAUUCAGGGACAGGCCAAUCCUACAGUUAUAUACAGCUAUGGUGCCAGUGAGUUGAUAGUUGUCUGACAACAGAAGAGGCAUCAGUCCUGUAGAGUCAACAUGAUUCUGAAUCCUGAGAUUAGAACCUUAGUCCAGGCCUGAGUCUUAAUACUUGGCACUAGGGGUGCUAUUCAGCAAGUUCUGACAGGUUCUAGAGAAUCAAAAUCAGAAAUUGUGAGUAGUUCGGAGAACCGGCAAAUACCACCUCUGGCUGGCCCCAGAUUUGGGUGGGACUAGAGAUUUUGCAAUAUUCUUCCCCCAGGAGUGGUGAAGGAAUGGGGAUUUUGCAGUAUCCUUCCCUGGAGUGGGGUGGGAAUGGAGAUUUUGCAAUCCUUCCCCUGCCACACCCAUCAAGCCACGCCCACAGAACAGUAGUAAAAAAAAUUGAAUUCCACCACUGCCUGCCGCGUUAGCUUCAACCUCACAAUUACAUCGACAUAAUAUUUUGGGCUAAGGAAAAUUGAUUAGAUGAUUUCAUAAACCCUCAGAUUUGGGUAUAGACCAAGUUAUAACCCAUAUAAUAGUCAGGCAACUAUUUUAGCCAUAAACAGUUUAAUUGCUGCUGGAUGUAAUUUAUCCUGUUAGUGUGAAAUUUAAUCAUUGCUUGUGUGCUGUUUUGGGCAGUAAAAGUAGUGUAAUUUAUUUGGAAUUGUUAAUUUCCUAGAGGCCUGAAAUACUAUGCCCGAAUAUUUAAAAUGUGUUUCUCUCAUUCAUGGGAAUCAAAAAGAGUUGAAGGUUGACCAUACUCAGAGCUACUAUAGACAUAUCAUUUGUAAGUAGGAAUAGCAAGUUAUAGAUGGAGCAACUAUUAAAUGAAUAGAAUUAGGAUUUAUACAGGGAAAGCCAAUGGAGCUGGGGAUGUAGUUUGACAAUUUGUUGUAAGGAAUUAUCUGUAGGAUAAACAACUGGGAGAUGGGGAAUAUGAAAGGAGCCUUCAACUGAGGAUCCUCUGGGCAAUGGUGAUGUCACCAUUCAAUCCUUUCAAACUGGAAGUGUUUCAGCACUCCCAAAUGACUAAUAAUCUGGAAGAUUAUGAAAAGAUUGUGUUAAUAUUGAAUAACUUUGUUAAACGAAUAACCUUCAUUUGCUUGAGGAAGUUUUGGGCUGGAGCACCUAUCUUUUUUUGGUGCUGCACUAUUUAAUAACCUACUCAGUCAUUUAGCUUCCAGAUCUGAAAACUAAAUGACUGAGUGGCUUAUAGAACAUGAGUGCCUCACUGGUAGGGGAGGCCCUGGGUUGCUUAGCCUAGGGCCAAGCCUUCCUGCUCCAGGCCUCCCAAGGCCUCCCUCCUCUCCCAAGGCACUCUGUGCUCUGCUUUCCACUCCUUGGGGUCCUCGUAGGCUUUAGGCCUGCUUUCUCAUCCCACCAGAUCCCACACUCUCCUCCUUCAUCGAUCACUCACCUAUCUUUGGGAGAUCUCCAGAAUUCUGUAGAUCUAUAGAACUUAAGUGGCACCACUUCACCUUUGCAUCCUAGCAGGCCCCUUGAUAUGGUGCCUCAUUUAACAACCACUACAACUUGUCAUCAUAAUGAGCAGCCUCCAUUAUGGUCAUAAAUUGAGGUCUACAUGUCCAUGAUGAUUUUAAAUCUCCUUAGAAAAUGUUUUAAGUUUAAAAAUCAUUGAGAAAAAUGUAAAAUGACUAAAAGUAUUAUUCUUUCAAGUACGUGCCAUCUUGGUAUCCAGGAGAUUUCUAUAAACUUAGUGGAAUAUACUCUGCAGGAAAGACGUUUUGAGAGAGAGAGAGAGAGCUACCCUCAGUAAGAGGAUUAAUUGCCAUCAGAGAAAAUUCCUAUGUUGCUGCAAAACUAGCUUAUACAUGGCAAUUUCCAUAUAUGUAGAGUCAUUUGCAGCCUAUGGAUUUUAAGUAAAUUCUAGACCAACUAAUGCAUAACAGAUUUUGUCAUUAUAACCUUAAGUUCAUGUAGUUUCUGAUUAGCAUCUAGCAACUGGUCAAAAAUGCAAUAACUGCAGUUAAAAGUCAAUUCUUAGCAACAAACUCCACAUUCAUAUUCAAAUUUAAAAAUGUCCUCCCCCUUUAUUUCCUACAGAAGCCUCAUCAUCUGAACAAGGGAAAUCAUUUACUUCCCAUUUAAAAGGAUGUAUUAGUGAUGAUUGUGAAAGGAGAAGGGGAAGGAGAAGACUUGCAUUCUAUGUCCUUGAACUGGAACAAUUCCUUCACUUUUAGUUGUUUGGAAGUUGCCACCGCUACAAAAAUUUCAAAUGGCUUACAAUUUUAUUUGUGACAUUUGGAAUACUCCAUACUAUACCAUAUUAAAAAAAUAUUGUGUUGUGAUCAUAAAAUUAAAUUAGUUCAACAAAACAUUUUAUUAGACAUUAAUCUACAGCAUUUUAAAAUGGUUAGCUAUCAGUUUAUGCUGGCAGUAUAACAGGAACAAAGGGACAUUUCAUUAAUUAAUAUGGUAUUCUUAAGUGUAUUAAUGGGAUGAUAUGAUAUGAAUGUACAUAUGAAUUAUUUAGAACAUUUUUGAAAUUUAUCACUUUAUGAAGAACUAUAGAUUAGAUGGUACAAAUAAAACUUAUUCCUGAUAAAUUGAAAGGCAAUGAACCCUUGAGAUUACAAUCUUGGGUGGAUGAUAUCUGUUAACUUUCUCCAAAUGAACUGACCCCCAAUGUAAUAAAUUACUCAACAUUUUUCCAUGUGACCAAGGCUUUGUAUUGUAGUUUUACAAUAAAGUAGAAUUCAUUCA